GAAUGAGUCGCAUUGCGGAGCUCUCAGAGUAUCAAUUGUCGAUUGAGUGCUGUUUCUGACUGGUAUGUGGAAAUUUUCGAAUUAGAUCAGCUUCAAAUCUGCGCAUUGGGUGAAAAUGGCGACAGGUGUAAAAUUGUCUAAGCGCGCAGCACCGCAUCCUUUGGACCCCUUGAGCGCCGAGGAGGUCGUAGCUGCAGCUGCAAUCUGCCGUGCCUAUGUUGUCGAAAAGGGCCUCGAGCCUCACCGGUUCAACACUAUCACGUUGAAGGAGCCGUUCAAAGCGGAGCAAUUGGCUUUCGAGCGCGAUGGCAAAUAUCCGACCCGCAUGGCUUCGGUUACCAUGACCAAGCCACCCAAGUCGUACCCCAUCGAGAUGGAGCUCAACCUGGAGGAGGGAUCUGUUGUCUCCUACAAGACAGUGGAAGGAGUGCAAGUUGCGAUCAUCUACGAUGACUUCUAUGAGGUCGGCGAGACGCUGUUCAAGUCUGACGCGAAGCUGCAGGCGCUCUGCAAGGACUUUGGCAUCGAUGACAUGGACGAGGUGGCAGUCGACACCUGGCCAAUCCACCCGGUGGAUCGCGAGAUGGGCUCGGAGCACCGCAUGUUCAUGGGGCUGAUGUACUGGCGCUCGUGCGCGGAGGACAACCAGUACGCGCACCCGCUGCCCUGGGUGCCAAUCUUGGAUGUGGAGACCCGCACGGUGGUGCGCAUAGAGUGUGCCUGGAAGGGGACGCCGCCCUUCCCCAAGAUGAAUUCCAACUACGACCACCGGGUGCUCGAGGUGCCGCCGCGCACCGACAUCAAGCCGCUGGACAUCGUGCAGCCCGAAGGCCCCUCCUUCUCUGUGGAGGGCAACCUGGUAAAGUGGCAGAAGUGGCAGAUUCGCGUGUCCUUCAACUGGCGUGAGGGCCUGGUGCUCCACAACGUGGGCUAUGAGGACGAGGGCCGCCUGCGCCCAAUCAUGCACCGCGCAUCCAUCGCCGAGAUGGCCGUCCCCUAUGCCGAGGCCCAGGAGCCGCACCACAGGAGGCUGGCUUUUGACCUGGGGGACGUGGGCAUUGGGCAGCUGACUAAUAGCCUGGAGCUGGGCUGCGACUGCCUCGGCCACAUUCACUACUUCGACGCCGUGCUCAACAACAGCAAGGGUGAGCCGUAUGUGAUAAAGAAGGCAAUCUGCGUGCACGAGGAGGACGCGGGCAUCAUAUGGAAGCACACCGAGCUGCGCACGAUGCACCCUGAAGUGCGCCGCGGCCGCAAACUUGUCAUCUCGUUCAUCGCCACCGUGGCCAAUUACGAGUACGGCUUCUACUGGCACUUUGGCCAGGACGGGGCCAUCCAGCAUGAGGUGAAGCUGACAGGCGAGGUCUCCACCACGCUCGCAUCGCCUGAGGACGCCGAGGAUCCGCGCUUCGGCACUCUCGUGCUGCCCAACGUUUUGGCCGCUCAUCACCAGCAUCUGUUCUGCGCGCGCCUCGACAUGGCCGUCGACGAUCCCGAUGGCGGCCGCGGCCUGGUGGACACGGUGUCGAUGCCGGCGGGUGCUGACAACCCGUGGGGCAGCGCCUUCAUGAAGCAGGAGACGGACCUGACCAACGAGGCCAAGGCGGCGCGCGUCGUCGACUCCACCAAGGCGCGCAUCUGGAAGAUCAAGAACCCCGCCGUGCGCCACGUCUACUCAGGCACGCCCUCCGCUCCUGCACGCCCCUGGCACGCGGCGUCGUACAAGCUGGUGCCGGCCAACACGCAGCUGCUGCUGGGCCUGCCAACCUGCACCGCCGCCGAGCGCGCCAGUUUCGCCACAAAGAGCUUGUGGGUGACGCCGUACGACGAGGCCGAGAGGUACCCCGGUGGAGACUACCCCAUGCAGAAUGUCACCACCGGCGGCCUCUCCCAGUGGACCAAGAAGGGCCGCUCCAUCGCCAGUGGGAACGACCCGGUCGUGUGGCACGUCUUCAGCGCGACGCAUUUGGUGCGCCCAGAGGAUUUCCCGGUGAUGCCCGUGGAGACUGUUGGCUUCCACCUGAAGCCGGUCUCCUUCUUCAAGCACAACCCGGCGCUCGACCUGCCUCGCACCGUCAACGCCGCAUCCAAGCUCGCCGGCUCCUGCUGCGCCGCCAAUGGCCAGGCAAACGGCGUUGCCAAUGGGCACACCAACGGCUAUGCGAACGGCCACACGAAUGGACACACGAAUGGACACACCAAUGGCCACGCUGAGGAGUGAUCAAGUCGUCUGUAAUUGUUGAACGCCGCUGCGGCAGACGUUUACGUUUGAAGUAUGGGAAGACUGUGAAAUACUUCUGUAUUUCCAGUAUGGGGGACAGCUUUAGAUUCUUUUGUAUUGUAUAUGUAUUACAUACAGCCCAGGGCUGUAUGUCCUGUACAGCACUGGGCUGGGGAGCGUGCAUUUGGGCAGUCCCUGUGAUUUUUUACUUAUUUUAUGCCUUAUUGCUGACUCAGUCUCAGAGACUUGCAGUUUAGCAUGGCUUUGCAAUCCCUCACGAAGUUGCACCUGCGCUAGGCAGCCAGACAAUUCUAUUUGAUUGGCCAUUGCCUGAAAGGAGCCCAAUGUGCUGCAUGCAGUUUCAAACGACCGUGGCCUUGCUAGCUAGGAGGCAUUGGCACCAUGUGACUAGUGACUGUAUUGAACAAAGCAUUGCAAUUGAGGCCUUGCGCAAUAUUGCCAGUCUUCAAUUGCCAUUCCCCUCAGCCAUUCCCAUUCUUAUAUGAAGUGUAUCAUAUUUGGAAAAAUCAGAUCGUGG